UCCUGCUCCUAAACGCCUCCUUCAAGUUUGCAGCUGGGCAGGACUCCAAAGGUGCAGCAGCAGCAGCAGCAACAAGCUGGAGUUCAAAGUUAGCAGUAAAUUGCACAACUUCCAGCUCAUCGCUACGCUCAGUGACUAUUAACAAGCUGGAAGGCGCGCAGGGAAAAAUAGGGGAGAAGGGAACACCCUCGAAUUGUUUGGGGAUCGCUGAUGUUAUGCUUCUGCCGCUGGGAUCAUGGCUCCCUUUGGAAGGAAUUUGUUAAAAACCCGGCAUAAAAACAGGAUGUUUUAUGCCAUUGUGUCACACCGUUUUCAAAAGAGAGCAGGUGGCUCAGCAGCUGAGCAUGCUUGACUGGGAGACUGUUCCCCACUAUGCAGUGUAGCAGAUCUCCCAACAAGGACAUGGCUUCAAAUGAAAGAGAGAUUGUGGUUUGGGUUUGCCAGGAAGAGAAGAUUGUAUGUGGCCUGACAAAGCGCACAACUUGUGCAGAAGUUAUUCAAGCACUGCUUGAGGAGCAUCAGGCAACAUUUGGAGAGAAAAAAGUCCUUUUUGGAAAACCUAGUGAUUACUGCAUUGUAGAAAAGUGGAGAGGCUCAGAGCGAGUACUGCCUCCCUUGACAAAGAUUCUGAGACUCUGGAAAGCCUGGGGGGAAGAGCAGUCCAAUUUGCAUUUUGUAUUGGUAAAGUCAGAUGCUUUCCUCUCAUUUCCACUGUGGAAGACGGCUGAGGCUAAGGUAGUACAAAAUGUAGAAAAACAGUGGGAGCUCAGUCCAGCAAAUUACAUGAAGAUGUUGCCAAUAGACAAGCAAAAGAAAAUUGUGAGGAAGACUUUCCGGAAACUGGCCAAACUUAAACAGGACAGUGUUCAGCAAGAGAGAGAUAAUAUGGAGACGCUGAUUCAUCUGAUCAUUUCUCAAGAUCAUACCAUUCAUCAACAAGUCCUUAGAAUGAAGGAGCUAGAUAUGGAAAUUGAAAAAUGUGAAGCAAAAUUCCAUCUAGAUCGGGUAGCCAAUGAUGGAGAAAAUUAUGUGCAGGACUCCUAUUUAAUGAUCAAUCCAAGUGAGCCUGAGCAGCAGGGGAGUAAGUUAGAUGAUCAAAAAGAGAUGCAUGACUAUUUGAGCAAAAGUGAGGGAGUCUUACAGGUUGAAGAGAGACUGAAACAUCACAAACAAUUAAUAGAGAAACUGUGUGCUGAAAUUGAAAAAGAAGUACAUGGUAUAUGCACAGAAAAAAAUGGAGAUGAUGUUCACACAGAAGGAGCUGCUAAUGCUGAACUGGAAAACUCAGAUUUGGAAAGUGUGAAAUGUGAACUGGAAAAAAGUAUGAAAGAUGGUCUGAGAAUCAACUCAUACCUGAGCUGCAUUCAGAAAGAACUUACAUACCGGGACUCACUGCUUCAAAAAAAAGAAAAAGAAUAUGAACUUCUUACAGAAGAAUUUAAUUUACUACAUGUUAAAGAUAACAUGGAAACUAGGCUUCCAUCAAAUGAAGAACCAUCCAAGGGCAGUGGCAUCUCCAGUAACAGCAUUGCCGUUCCUGACUUUGUUCAUAGAGUGACUAAUCUGGACAUAAAUGAUACAGACUCUGACACUGGAAUCAGCUCUACACACAGUCAAGAUUCUGAAAUAACUUCAGGGGACAUGGUACUGUUGUCAACGUAGUUGAAAACAGUCACACAUUUAUUAAGAGUCAUAGUUCGGAGGAUAUUUAUAAGAUUUGGUAAAGCUUUGGUCUUUAGUAAAGAUUUUGUCUUGAGAGUUCAGCCAUUCGAGAUGUUAAAACUGUGGCACUUCUUUAGCAAAGUAAACAGUCUAUUUGUGUGCUUAGUGCUUGAAUGCAUGCGUAGCCUCAUGGGUUAACUGUUGAAAUGCAAGAUUGUUGGCUUUGCUCAAUCAGGACAGACAAUUUAAAACCUGUAAUAUUAAUACUCCAUGAAACAGGAGCAUUCUGACUGACUUGGACCAAAAGUCUGGAGAUUUGAUAUCUCCUAAUCUUUUGAUUCAUUUCUGUGUCUCUGACUUUUUAGGAAUGUGGAUUAGAGAUUAGAUCAAACUAGACAGAGAGCUUGAUUUUCUGCUCUGUUACAUUAGCUUUAUUCAGCUGGAGUUUCCCUGCCGUGAAGCUGCUGUAAAGGAAUAUAUAAUCAAGUAUGUAACCUGUUAAAAAAAGUUUUUAUGAUAUUGUAGGACCAAAAAAAAAAGCAGUUGCAUUUAUAUUGUGUAUUUAAAUUUAGUUUUGAGUUAUCCCACUUUAAAAACUACCUUACACACAUAGGUUUUUAAUUUCCAUUCUCUUUCAGGAGUGUUUAACUGCUUCUAAGAUCCUUAAAACCCCUACUUACCUGAUGUUACCCUGUAGUUGCCCUAGUGAUGCUUACUUAAGUCCAGGUAGUUCCUGCAGGCGGGCAUGUCAGAACUGCUUACGUUCUGCUUGUGUGAGAAGCUCAAAUCCCAAGCUCACGCCCAACCCCAGAGGCACUUUAAGCAAGGCUUUCUUCUGCCUAUCUCGCCAGUUGGAUGUAGUGUCUUAGGCCUUCUCAGUUGAUGACUACCAAAUAAAGCAUAACAGAAGGGACAGGCAGGAGCCACAAAUUUCAGGCUCUGGCUAGACAUUGUUUCCCAAUAGCCAGGUGGUUACAUUUUCACAUAGCAGUAAGUUGUCAAAUGCCAUCUCGUGCUGUUUCAAAGCACAGAUAUGAACCUGUAAAUCCUACUUUCUUGAUGAAAAUUUUGGGGUACAGAUAGAGCUGAUCCAUUUUAUGUAGCUAAUUAAAUAUCAGACCCCUUGAAAAAAAAAAAAAGGAAUAUAAAACAGAAUUUUACAACUAUGUGGUUAAGUGGAAGAAUUUUGCUUAGGAUGUAGCAGUCGAUCUCAAAUCUUUCUCCAGCUGUGUGACUGGGAUGUUCUUAGUUACUAGACAGAUUUCUAACUCUGCUAGAGAGUGCUAACAGAGAGUACAUGUGUAAUGUCUGGACUGCCAUGUUUAUAUUUUGCAGCUUGAUCUGUUUAAACAUUUUUUAUUAAAUUAAUUGAAUGGAGAAAUAGUUACAGUGUUUCCAAACAAAGUUUGACUCUAGCAAAAUUUGGACAGAUCCUGGAAUUCAAAGCCUACAAAGUAUAUGAACAAAUAUUACCUAAAAGGACAAAUGUAAAAAACAUACAAAUACACUGCUUUUCCACUCUUUAUUUUUCUUUUAAAUAUCUGUCAAGCAUCUGUUUUCUAAAAUGACCAAAGUGCUAGGACUGCUGAUUAGCAUAUAUUAGAUGAAGAGGGGAAAAAAAAAAUGAAAAUAGAAAUUAGCCCUUUUCUAAAAAGACAAUUUUUGUGGAUUUUUUUUUAAUAAGUUUUUUUCAUCCUGGUCAUUAUAAAUAGUUUAUGUUCCAGGAAAAUGUGCUAGUUGCCUUAAUAUAUGUGUUGUGUUUUUGUCAUGAAAUGUUAUUUUAAUACUUCAAUAAUAAUAUGUCAUAGUUAGACUCAUCAGCUCCUGAUGGAAACACAAGUAUGUAUCAAAUAUCUUUGUUAUAAUUUAUUAACACAAUUCACCAUCUUUUGAAAUCUGUGGUAUCACUCUGACAAUAAGCACAGAGCUCUGAAUGUUGAGAGUAAGCUAAUGUAUUCUAUGAGUUCUUGUGAAUUUAGCAGUUAUUUCUAAUGAGUCACUCUUUUAUAUAAUACUUAGAGGAUAAAGGAUUCAAACAGCCUAAUACUCACUGCUGUGCGUGCUAGUACAAGACUCAUGAGGGAACUAAUUUCCAUUCAUACUGUAUUGGAUUUAUUUCACUCAUAGGAACUUGUACUAGUUCUCAGAACUGAUCUUUAGCCAUAGUACAUGGUUGAUUGUACAUUCCCUGAAAUGUGUAGAUCUUAAGAGUACUACUGUGUUUUAAGAAAAAAAAUAGGAAAAAUAGGUUGGGAGAGAAUAUUUCUUAAAAAAUAAAAUAAUGUUAAAAAUA